AUGUCAAUCAACUUACGUUCAUUACUGCUUUCUGGCUCUCUGCUAGCGUCGUUGCCAGUGGUUAUAUCACAUGCAUCGCAUCAAAGCAUUAGCAAGCGCGAUCUUUUCGAUGGCGAAGCCGUCAUCAUCAAGGGGCAAUGGUCAUGUAGCCCUCAGCAAAUUUUAGAUAUAGAUCAGGGCGUUGUCGAGGCACAUGAACUCGCAAAUGCAGCUCUUACUGCUCUUGGAAAGUCCAAUGUUGCGAGGACUCCAGCGUACUUCUCGUGGUUCGGACCUGAAAGUGGAGGUCCUUCAGCUUCCAAUCUCAUUGAAAAGCACUACCGUCCUGUAAUCGACUCCCUCAAGCCCCCGAGUGUCGAAACAGCUUUCCGAUUUUCCCCCGAGCCUUUGUUUCCCCCCAAUACAGUGACAGAUAAGAGUCUUGUCUUCGGCUGUUCCGGAAACAAUGGACCCUGUGCAGACGGUCAAAUGGUUGCGGGUGUACAGAGUGCGACAGAUACCGAGGCCGCAGUCUUUGGGACCACUUUACUACUACUAUGCGAGACCUUCUUCGAUAAGACCCGGCCUACCAACCAGGGAAUGGUGAAGCAAUGGCAGGCUGAAAGUGCCAUCGGCGACAUGUCGAAGGGUUUCGUCUUGGUCCACGAGACCCAGCAUAUGCUCAUUGCCACGGGUGCGGGAGAACGUGCGGAUGAUCUCAAGAACCCGUUCUUCGGAUUCCUUGAUGAUAGGUCUGAGGACUGCUACUCUGCCACAUGCUGCUCCCGCUUGUCAGCAGCAGAGAAGGUAAAGAAUGCGCAGAACUAUGCCAUCUUUGCACUUGAUUCGAUGGCGUUUCCCAACGCAGAAGAACAGCCCGCUUGCCCAGCAUCACCUGCAUCCUCUACUUUGGUGCGCCAGAAGCGCCAGGUACGAUUUGACAACUCGACAACUUCGUCGGCGCCACCCUCUUUGUCCCGUACUCCUUUGCCGCCCACCAUCAUCACUUCAACCAGCAAGCCUCCCUCGAGAGUUGCGACUCCGACACCUUCUCGUAGCGCAGAGCCCGAAGUUAUCACAGUAUCAGGCACUGUCGCAGUCGUCAUCCCCGCGGGAGCCGUCGCCUUUGGCGGACCCGGUGGUGGCCUUGCCUCGUUCGGAGGCGUCAUUGUCCCCGUUCCCGAAGGACAGACAGUCAGCGAUCCCUCGAAGGAUCCCCAGCAAUCAGGGCCCGAUGAGCCCACCAACACCCCCCGUCAAACCCAAUCCCCGACAACGAGCUCAAAGCCAGUCAGCAGUUCUGCACCCUGUAGUAAGCCUGCAGAGAAGACCUACAAGCCAGCUGUCGAGAACGUCUGCGAGGAUUGGUCUGGCAUGAAUCAGACAGCCUUCAAGCCUCUAAUUGCAGGCAUUCCUCUCGUAGAUUGGGAGGGUGCUCCUGUUGUUUCGACUACGUCUAUCUUGGAGACCGUGGAGGUGACGACUAUGCUGGUGACAAGCACCGCAGCCCCCGCGCCCUCGGCUACACCAUCAGCGGAGCCAAAGGUCGACCCUGUUGCUUGCUACAAUUUUGACAUCAACGCGUACGGAUACUGCUGCCCUAGUGAGGGUAACCCUUGCCAGAACGAUAUUGGAAAGUGUUACUUCAAUGGAGAGGGUGUUUCAGGCGGUGCGAGCGGUGUCGUGCCCGAUGGUGCGCGAUGCCCGCCUCCCCCGGGUGCUGAGUAUUGUAGAGGUGCUUGCGAGGAGUAG